GGAGGUACAUGUGGCGGAAAUGGAUGAGAGCCGUGCGGAGGGGGGGCGUAUGGUGGCACCCCAUGUGGUGGCACUCCGUGUGGCGGCGGUCCUCCUGGUGGUGCCCCGUGUGGUGGCACUCCAUGUGGCGGCGCUCCGUGUGGCGGCGGUGCUCCUGGUGGUGCCCCAUGUGGUGGCGCUCCGUGUGGCGGCGCUCCAUGUGGUGGCGGUCCGUGUGGCGGCGGUCCCUGAGGUGGCGCCCCAUGUGGUGGCGCUCCAUGUGGUGGCGCUCCGUGUGGCGGCGGUCCCUGGGGUGGAGCCCCAUGUGGCGGCGCUCCGUGUGGCGGCGGUCCCUGGGGUGGCGCCCCAUGUGGCGGCGCUCCAUGUGGUGGCGCUCCAUGUGGCGGAGGUCCCUGAGGUGGCGCCCCAUGUGGCGGCGCUCCAUGUGGUGGCGCUCCAUGUGGCGGCGGUCCCUGGGGUGGUGCCCCAUGUGGUGGCGCUCCGUGUGGCGGCGGUCCCUGCGGUGGCGCCCCAAGUGGUGGCGGCGGUCCGUGGGGCGGCGCCCCCAUUGGUGGUGGGCCCUGAGGUGGCACUCCAUGUGGGGCAGGCCCCAGCGCCAUUCCCUCUGGUGGCGCACCAUCAGGUGGUGCUCCUGGGGGGGGAGGCCCUGGCCAUGCCAACUGCCACCCCGGCCGCCGCGGACGCGAUCUUUGCCGCCGCACCUCGAUUCGACGGUUCGAGGCUCCAAGAUGCGCUGUCCAAGAACCUGGAUUAA